AAUGCCGGGCCCGCUGCCGCUGCUCUGCUUCCUCGCCUUGGGGCUGCGCGGCUCGGCCGAGCCCAGUGGCGCGGCGCCGCCUCUGUGCGCGGCGCCCUGCAGCUGCGACGGCGACCGUCGGGUGGACUGCUCCGGCAAGGGGCUGACGGCCGUCCCCGAGGGGCUCAGCGCCUUCACCCUAGCGCUAGAUAUCAGUAUGAACAACAUUACUCAAUUACCAGAAGAUGCAUUUAAGAACUUUCCUUUCCUAGAAGAGCUACGAUUGGCUGGCAACGACCUUUCUUUUAUCCACCCAAAGGCCUUGUCUGGAUUGAAAGAACUCAAAGUUCUAACCCUCCAAAACAAUCAGUUGAAAACAGUGCCGAGUGAAGCCAUUCGAGGACUGAGUGCUUUGCAGUCUCUGCGUUUGGAUGCCAACCAUAUUACCUCAGUCCCUGAGGACAGUUUUGAGGGACUUACGCAGUUGCGACAUCUGUGGCUGGAUGACAACAGCCUGACUGACGUGCCCGUGCACCCGCUCAGCAAUCUGCCCACUCUGCAGGCGCUAACCUUGGCUCUCAACAAAAUCUCAAGCAUCCCUGACUUUGCCUUUACCAACCUUUCAAGCUUGGUGGUUUUGCACCUACAUAAUAAUAAAAUCAAAAACCUGGGUCAACACUGUUUUGAUGGACUAGAUAAUUUGGAGACCUUGGACUUGAAUUAUAAUAACCUAGGAGAAUUUCCUCAGGCUAUCAAAGCCCUUCCUAGCUUAAAAGAACUGUUAUUUCAUAGUAAUUCUAUUUCUGUUAUCCCUGAUGGAGCAUUUGAUGGUAACCCUCUCUUAAGAACUAUACAUUUGUAUGAUAAUCCUCUAUCUUUUGUGGGGAACUCAGCAUUUCAUAAUUUAUCUGAUCUGCAUUCUUUGGUCAUUCGCGGUGCGAGCAUGGUUCAGCAGUUUCCGAAUUUGACUGGGACUGUCCAUCUGGAGAGUCUGACCUUAACAGGUACCAAAAUAAGCAGCAUAUCCCAUAACUUGUGCCAAGAACAAAAGAUGCUGAGGACCUUGGACUUGUCUUACAACAACAUAAAAGAACUUCCAAGCUUUGAUGGCUGCCAUGCUCUGGAAGAAAUUUCUUUGCAACGUAACCAGAUCCACCAAAUAAAGGAAGGGACUUUUCAAGGCCUGAACUCCCUGAGGAUUCUCGAUCUGAGUAGAAACCUGAUCCAUGAAAUUGACAGCAGAGCUUUUGCCAAGCUUGGGUCAAUAACAAACCUAGAUUUGAGUUUCAACCAGUUAACUUCAUUUCCUACGGAAGGCCUAAGCGGACUGAAUCAACUGAAACUUGUGGGUAAUUUCAAGCUGAAGGAAGCCUUAGCAGCAAAAGACUUCGUCAAUCUCAGGUCGUUAUCUGUACCAUAUGCUUAUCAGUGCUGUGCAUUUUGGGGUUGUGACUCUUACACACAUGCGAACACAGAAGAUAACAGCCUCCAAGAUCACAGUGUGGCAAAGGACAAAGGUCUUGCUGAUGCGGCAAGUGUUACAAGCAGUGCUGAAAAUGAAGAGCAUACUCAAAUAAUUAUCCACUGUACACCCUCUACAGGUGCUUUUAAGCCCUGUGAAUAUUUACUGGGAAGUUGGAUGAUCCGCCUUACAGUGUGGUUUAUCUUCUUGGUUGCACUGUUCUUCAACCUGCUUGUCAUUUUAACAACAUUUGCAACUUGUACAUCAUUGCCUUCCUCCAAAUUGUUCAUAGGCCUGAUUGCUGUGUCUAACUUAUUCAUGGGUGCCUAUACCGGCAUCUUGACUUUUCUGGAUGCCAUAUCCUGGGGCAGAUUUGCUGAAUUUGGCAUCUGGUGGGAGAUUGGCAGUGGCUGCAAAAUAGCUGGCUUUCUUGCCGUCUUCUCUUCAGAAAGUGCCAUAUUUUUAUUAAUGUUAGCAGCCGUCGAACGAAGUUUAUAUGCUAAAGACAUAAUGAAAAAUGGAAAAAGCAAUCAUCUCAAGCAGUUUCGAGUUGCUGCCCUUUUUGCUUUCUUGGGAGCUGCAGUAGCAGGCUGUUUUCCACUUUUCCAUGGAGGGGAAUAUUCUGCAUCACCACUGUGCUUGCCAUUCCCCACGGGAGAAACACCAUCACUCGGAUUUACUGUAACCUUAGUUCUGUUAAACUCACUAGCAUUUUUAUUAAUGGCCAUUAUCUACACUAAACUUUACUGCAACUUGGAGAAAGAGGACCUCUCAGAGAACUCUCAUUCUAGCAUGAUUAAGCAUGUCGCUUGGCUAAUCUUCACCAAUUGCAUCUUUUUCUGCCCAGUUGCAUUUUUCUCCUUUGCACCAUUGAUCACUGCAAUCUCUAUCAGUCCUGAAAUAAUGAAGUCUGUGACGCUGAUAUUUUUUCCCUUGCCUGCUUGCCUGAAUCCAGUCCUGUAUGUUUUCUUCAACCCAAAGUUUAAAGAAGAUUGGAAGUUACUGAAGCGACAUAUGACUAAGAAAAGUGGAUCGGUUUCCGUUUCCAUCAGUAGCCAAGCUGGUUGCGUGGAGCAGGAUUUCUACUAUGACUGUGGCAUGUACUCGCAUUUGCAGGGUAACCUGACUGUAUGUGACUGCUGUGAAUCAUUUCUUUUGACAAAGCCAGUGUCAUGCAAACACUUGAUAAAAUCACACAGCUGCCCUGCAUUGGCGGUGGGCUCUUGCCAAAGACCAGAUGGCUAUUGGUCUGAGUGUGGGACACAGUCCGCCCACUCAGAUUAUGCAGAUGAAGAAGAUUCCUUCGUCUCAGACAGUUCUGACCAGGUGCAGGCCUGCGGACGAGCCUGCUUCUAUCAGAGUCGAGGAUUCCCUUUGGUACGCUACGCCUACAAUCUACCGAGAGUGAAAGACUGAACGUGUUUGUGACUGUUUUCCCCAUGAACCUAAACCACGGUGUUUGUCGGAUGAACCCUAGUCUGACCUUUCGUCUGGGAAGCACUUCUGUGAUCACUGCCUAGUGUCACGUGGAAGAAGGUGGCGGUUCAUUUCAUAAACCUGACAUUUUCAAAGAGCAAGUGCCUAAAUUCUCAAUUGAUUAAAAAUGCAACAUGCAAACAGUGUUUAGUCAUUUUGAAGCAAAUUGGUAACUUGAAGAAAAAGGUAGCAUGUAUUAUCAUGGUGAAUGAUGUACAAGGUUAGGUUUUUCUGAAUCACUGCAAGUAAAUGUAUACCUAUUCUGAAUUAAGCACAAGAUAAAGAACAGCUGUUAAUAUUUUUUUAAGAUAUGAUUUUAUGUAACUAAAGAAAAAAGUCUUGCUAAUGUUACCUAAUGUUUCAUCAUUAAUCUCAGGACAAUUUACUGCAGGGCCAAAAAGGGACUGUCUCCCAGAUAGAACUGUGAGAGUAUGUUAUAGGCAUGACAUUGCUACAUGUUCUAUUUCCAUCCUUGACAUAACAGUCAUUAUUUUGUUUGAUACAUAACUGUAAAACCUGGAGAUGUUUUUAAAACAAUAUUAACACCUGUUAUAUUUAAAAAGAAUAGCUAAGCAUUUCUUUUCAGUCAUUACAUAUAUUGCUUUGGUGUAAUCACAGUCAUUUUUUUCCUUGGUGUUUUGUGAUCACACUACUGAAAAAAAAGUAAACGGCUAAUUACUGUGUGGGUUUCAUAGGUUUGGCUAAAUUUCCAACUAAUAGGGAAUUUGAAUAGCAUUAGAGGGACUUGACAUCUUCAUAUUUUCACCGUUACUAAACAUUUCAAGUUAUCAUUGGCUGAUAUUGAUAUUUAAAUACUGAUAUUUUCCAAGUUUUAGUUGGUUUUGUGUUAUAAUUUGAAUUUUACAGAAAGCAAACUGUGAUAGACAAAAAAAUGAUUACAUUUAAUUGGAAUAAAUUGGAGGUAAUUAUGACUGAAAGCACUUAGCAUUUAUUUUUUAGUGAGCUGGAUUCUCCUUACACAGAAGCUUCCGUACGUGUUCCCCUUACUGUGGCACACACAAGUGCCUCUGCAACAGUUCAGACGUGCUCUUGUGAAACAAGACAAAUAUGUUAGUAAAGGAGAGGGGAAAGGCCAAUGCUUUUAAAAAUUAAAAAUUUUUACUUGACUCUCAUUUAUGGACUUUUGACAUGUCACUGUGUAGAGUCUUAAAGUUAUAAAUGUUCAAUGUUUUUUUUGAGCAAUAUGCUAAAUCAAUAGCAAACCCACUGCCAUAUUAGUUAUUAAGGAUGUACUAAAAAAUUAAGCUAGAUUGCAGUUUAAUAAUUAAACUGUAUAUACUGUGCAUAUAAUGAAUUUUUAUCUUAUGUAAAUUAUUUUUAGAACACAAGUUGGGAAAUGUGGCUUCUGUUCAUUUUGUUUAAUUAAAGCUACCUCCUAAACUAUAGUGGCUGCCAGUAGCAGAAUGUUAAAUUGUGGUUUAUAUACUUGGCAUUGUAAAUAGUCAUGGUUGUACAUUGUCAGUGUAAUAAAGACAGAAUCUUUGUAUAUCAAAAUCAUGUAGUUUGUAUAAAAUGUGGGAUCUAUUUACAGUGUGUUAUAAUUUUGUAAGGCCUACUAUUCACAGGUUUUAAAAACUGCUAUCAUGUCUGUAUAUUUACACAUCUGAUAUUAAAUCAUAACUUG